AGAAGAGUGAAAUGUAGUGGCUGUCAUGUGUCAUGCAGUCUGGCUGGCGGUCAGCUGACGGGUCCGGGUUGUUUGUGAUGUUUACUUUAGUUGUUUAGUGCUCCAACCUGCGCCUUUUGGAUGAAUGCAGAGGAAUGCUUCGCCCAGCAGAACCAUGGUAGUCGUGAACUCGGUGCUGAAGUUGUUACAGAGGCAGACGUACACCUGUCUGUCCCACCGAUAUGGACUGUACCUCUGCUUUGGGGGGAUCGUCCUCAUGAUUGUUUCCGCCUUUCAGUUUGGAGAGGUGGUGGUGGAGUGGAGUCGAGACCAGUAUCAUGUGCUGUUUGACUCUUAUAGAGAUAACGUAGGUGGAAAAUCUUUCCAAAGCAGGCUCUGUCUGCCCAUGCCUAUUGAUGUUGUGUACACAUGGGUGAAUGGCACGGACACGGCUCUACUGAAGGAACUAAAGGGAGUGAAAGAACAACUGGAGCAAGAACAGAAAGCUCUGAGAGAACGCCUGGGAAAAAAUUCAAGUGACACAACUGAAGUACCAAAAGACAGCGUAAGCCAGAAUGCCUGCUGUCCCACUGCAAUCAUAGCCCCCAUGCUAACUCUGGAUCCGGCUCUGCCAGCCAACAUUACAGUCAAAGAGCUUGCCACACUCUCAUCCUCCUUCUCUGCUGCCAAGGAACUACUGCUGAUGAACAAACCCUUCCACCCAUCUACGACUGUCUCAGUGGUCGUCUUCCAUUCUCAGGCUGAUGCUGAUAAAGCUUAUACCGAUGUGUCCAGAGAAGACCAUAAAUUCUCUGUGUCCAGAUGUUACCUGACGACCGAUAAAGAGGCUCCAGGUCUGAUCCGCAUGCAGGCUCUUGCCUACAUGAGUGGCUUUCCAGGAUCCUUCAAGGAAACAGAGCAGCUGAGAGUCAAACUACCUUCUGUCAUAACCAAUAAGAUCAAACAGUUUGAGUUGUACUCAGAAGCCAGUAUCGCGCUGCUCCAUCUGAAGAGCCCACAGGAUUUCACAGAUCUGACACAGCAGGCUAAAAAGAACCUGACACUUGAUGGGAAAGAAUUAAACAUCAGCCCUGGGUACUUGUUCUGGGACCUCACUGCCAUCUCACAGUCCAAACAGGAUGAGGACGUGUCUGCCAGCCGAUUCGAAGACAAUGAGGAGCUCCGUUAUUCGCUUCGCUCAGUGGAGAGACAUGCGCCCUGGGUUCGACACAUCUUCAUCGUCACUAAUGGGCAGAUUCCAUCCUGGCUCAACCUGGAUAACCCCAGAGUUACAGUUGUCACACAUCAGGAUAUCUUCCUGAACCACAGCCACCUCCCCACCUUCAGCUCCCCUGCCAUAGAGACCCACAUCCACCGCAUCUCAGGCCUCUCCCAGAAGUUCAUUUACCUGAAUGAUGACGUGAUGUUUGGCAAAGACGUCUGGCCAGAUGAUUUCUACAGCCACUCAAAAGGACAGAAGGUGUACCUCACCUGGCCAGUUCCCAACUGUGCUGAAGGCUGCCCCGGAUCCUGGAUUAAAGAUGGCUAUUGUGACAAGGCUUGUAACAAUUCUGCAUGUGACUGGGAUGGAGGAGACUGCCUAGGUGCAGCAGGAAAUGGUCGGUUUGCAGGUGGGGUUGGUGGAGGCGGCCCUGGUGGAGCCGGUGGACAGGUGUGGCAGUUUGCAGGUGGUGUUGGAGGCCUAGGAGGGACGUCGUACUGUAAUCAAGGCUGUGCCAACUCCUGGCUGGCAGACAAGUUCUGCGAUCAGGCUUGUAAUGUUCUGUCCUGUGGCUUUGAUGUGGGCGACUGCGGCCAAGAGCACUUUGGUGAGCUGUACCGAGUGACGCUCCUGAGGAAUCAAAGUGUGUAUACUCUGCCUGUGGGGGAGGUCAGGCCUUAUUUCAGCUUCGACAGAAUAGCCCGCAGAGUCUCUGAGGCUCAUGUCAGUGACAGCCCAACAGUGCGUCACACCUCAGUGGCUAACAAGUGGAAGACCAUUCACCUGCUGCUUCAUUCUGGCCACAAUGCCACACAGAUCCACUACAACCUCACAUUUCAAAAACAGGAUGACACAGAGUUCACUAUGAGCUUCACUGUUGCAGUCGACACUCGUGAGGUUCCUCAGGCAAAUAUUUCACAGACGGUAAGCAAAGACACAGACAAAGCACCAAAGCCAACCCUAACCACAGAGCCACUGUUCCCUUUCUCAGAUAUUCCUGAGGACAAAAGGGGUCCUAAAAUUCAUAGGUUGGAACCAGCUGACCACCAAAUCUUCAUAGAAGUACCUUCAGUAAACGUAUCACUUUUACCUGCUGGUGUGCGCAUCGAGCUUCAGAAGCUGGAUGAGAAGCUGCUGAUUGGUGAUAUUACUAUAAAGGGCUAUAACCUCACCAAGGCUGAGCUACUAAGUCCUUACAUGAAACUGAGCCAGACCUUGUCAAAGCAGCAAGACGCUCAUUCAAAGGUGUCAAUUGAAGAUCUAGCCAGAGUCCAGAAGAGGCCCUAUAAAGACCUGGAAGGAGAGAAUGGUGAAAAACCACUUGUGCAACAUGCUAAACAGACAAACUCAAAUGAAGAGGGGAGGGACAUGGCAGAGAAGGACAAACCCAAGUCUGUCACCCCUUUCAUCCCAGUCAACAUUGAUGAUAAACUUCAUGAAGAUACUGACACUCCAAAACCCAAUAGUGUAAGAGCUGCAAUCGAAAGGCCUUUGACGUCCAAGCUGCUCAAUAGCAUUUCUAAAAUCAAAAGCACUGACGGUCAAGCAGAGCAGGCGAAUGCUGCCGGAGGGGCUCCAGUUGGGAGAAGACUGCAGCACUUCACCUCCUCAGACAGAGGCUUCUUGCCCUGGGAGAGGAGGAAGUACUUCCAGGACCUGUUAGAAAAGGAGGAGCGCCUGCAGACAGAACUGAUGUAUGAGACUGACGGUACCGCCACAGGCCGGAGGCUGAAGGACACUUUUGCUGAUUCGCUUCGCUACGUCAACAAGCUGCUCAACGGCCAGUUUGGCUUUACAUCCCGCAAAGUUCCAGCACACAUGCCCCACAUGAUAGACCGACUUAUCAUGCAGGAGCUGCAAGAUACAUUCCCGGAGGAGUUUGACAAAACAUCCGGCCACCGUGUUCGUCACUCAGAGGAUAUGCAAUUUGCCUUUUCAUACUUCUACUUCCUGAUGAGCGCUCAGCAGCAGCUCAAUGUCUCUGACGUGUUUGAUGAGAUAGACACCGACCACUCGGGCAUCCUCUCUGAUCGAGAGAUCCGUACUCUCGCCACAAGGAUCCAUGAGCUGCCUCUCAGCCUCCAGGAUUUAACAGGAUUGGAACAGAUGUUGAUAAACUGCUCUAAGACACUCCCUACAAAUCUGACUCUGCUUCAUCUGGUGAAUCCCACUCAGGAGGCCUAUUACGACCCCAGCAUGCCCCCUGUAACAAAAGGCCUGGUUCUUCACUGUAAACAAAUCACAGAACGGAUUCACAAAGCUUUCAAAGACCAGAAUAAGUACAAGUUUGAGAUCAUGGGAGAGGAGGAGAUAGCAUUCAAGAUGGUACGGACUAAUGUGUCCCAUGUGGUUGGACAGUUAGACGACAUAAGGAAGAACCCCAGGAAGUUUGUCUGCCUGAAUGAUAACAUCGACCACACCCAUAAAGACGCUGCCACAGUGAAAGCUGUUCUGAGAGACUUCUAUGAGUCUAUGUUCCCACUGCCAUCUCAGUUUGAACUUCCCAGAGAGUACCGCAACCGGUUUCUGCACAUGGACGAACUCCAGGAAUGGCGAGUUUACCGGGACAAGCUGAAGUUCUGGACGCAUUGUGUCCUUGUGGCGCUCGUCAUCUUCACUGUCAUGUCGUUCUUUGCUGAACAGCUCAUUGUUCUGAAGCGAAAGCUGUUUCCCAGACGCAGAGCAAACAGGGACAACAACCCUGAGCGGGUGUGAAAGAGGUUGGCCUCCCUCUACUUUUACACUCCCCUCCCUCUGGACAGGAGAGCAUAUACUGGAAUCUGAAGUCUUCUGUGUUCCUGUUGCAUCAGCAUGGAUAGAGGAUAGGACUCCAGUGAUUUGGUGAUGAAAGUUUUUUCAGAAGAUGAUGGAUGGACCUGUUCAGAGGGGAAUGGCAGCCCAAAUACCACCCUAUGAUUAUCCUUUACUUCUCUUGGGGCAGCCAGUGUUGUCAUUCAACGUUAAAAACAAAAUACUCCCUCCACACAAAUUACACACCCUCCACGUUCCCUGCCCCGGCCGUGUAAGCAAGAACUGUGAAAACUUGAUAACAGCGAGAUUGGAAAACUUGACGAGGUGUGUUUUACUAGUUUUAUCAUUAUAUCCACAAACUAUGGUGUUUACUUGUCACAGCUUGAGCUUCAUUUAAAUAAUGAAUGAAAAGGUACCCAUUGGAUGAUGAGGACUAAUUUAAUUUAACUGUUGGCUGUUGUACAUCGUCUGUCUUUAAAAACAUGAAAACUUGAAGUGCCUUUGUUGUAUUUAAAACGUAAUGCUUGUUCCCACAAUGCAUUCCUGCUGGUUUGAAGAAUUUUGUUACUUCAUUGUUUUUUUAAACGUGUUAUAAAUGUUGGUUAUACAUAUCAUGACGAAUUUUGUUAUACAUUGAGAAUGAGUGGGAUUUAGGGUUAUAUAAAUAUCAUUAAUGUUGUAUAAAUGUGAUAAUUGGAGUUAAAUAAUUAUAACUAAAGCUUUCAUAGCCACCUGUAUGUGUGUCCCUGUGGGACUCAACAGGCCUGCUUCUGUCUGAAAUUCAGACCUGCUCAGCAUGUUCUGUAACUUAUUUGAUUGUAUUUUGUGACUAUGAGUCAGACAUGAAUGCUUUGAAUGUAAACAUAGCUUCACAAAAUGCUUGUCCACAGUUAAAACUCUUUCCUUGGAGACUCUGUUUUUCAAACUUCUUUACCAUAAUGACUGACAAACAUGGAAGUGAAAACCAGUUUGCUGCUGUCCAGGUCAUGUGCUGUAUAACAUCAGUAUGAAGGAUGGGAAGUAACAUUUAAAAACACUUUUUGUUCAGAUUAUGUCAGUUAAAUGGUUCCUCUGGUUGAAAUAAAAUAUGGUUGGUUCAGUCACUUCAGUCAAGAUUUUCAUUACAAUGACAAGAGAAUGACUGAAAAAUAUUCUUUAUUACAAUCUUUUCCACUCUUGUGUUAGUAGAAAGGUCUAUUAUUGAACAGUGCAAUACAGUGUUAAAAUCGUGGUUGUACAUUUCAAUGCAUAGCUCCGUAGUUCUAAAAAAAAUUAUAUUUUUAGGACAUGCUCCUAUACAAUGUCCGUAAUCCUGUACAAGCAGAAUCUGAGAGGAACAAAUUUUCACUGUUCCAGUAAAACUUAAGAAAUUCAAUAUAUAUUUUUUACCCUUAAAAUAGUUCACCGGCACUACAGAUAUAUCCCUUUUGCUCCCAAAAAACCUGAAUGAAUCAAAGUGUCACAUCCCAUCAAAUUACAUGUGUUCAGUAAUUUUUAACUAAAUAUUACUUUGAAUCAAAUGAUCAAAUGAAUCUUUACCUAAACACAGUAUACAUUUGUAAAACUGG